AUGCCCGCUUUCACGCAAGUCCAAUGGGAGGAAACGGUGAUCCGAGAGGUGGUCCGCGUGUUGGCCGUCGGUGGAUAUCUUGAGCUUUGUGAAUAUGAGCUAUGUCAAAAUUGUGGCCCCGUGUUCGAAAAACUAUUAAGUUCACGUCGGGAGAUGCUAACCAAAAUGGGAAUAAAUCCGGAUAUCUCUCAACUUCUUGGAAAAUUCGUGAACGACACACGUCAAUUCGAUCAGAUUCAACACGAUAAAAGGGUGAUCCCGGUAGGAAAGUCAUGGGCGGGAAAAAUUGGCGAAGUGGGCAAGGAUGACAUAUACACGAGGAUGUUGGCGAUAAAACCGGUGUUGUUUCAAUUCAUGGGCAUAACAUCUGAAGAAUACGAUGAGAUGAUGGAAAAGAGCAUUGACGAAUUUGAUGAAUAUCAAACAUUUUUUGUCACCUGUAGGUGGUAUGCCAAGAAAGUAAAUUUGUAG